AUGAUUUCGGGAAAGAAACGACCAACCGCGCUCGUAAGUAAGGAAGCUGGUGGUUUGCAACCUGUAAGCAAGAAGUGGCAGCGCACCAACAGUAGAUACACUGUGACUCCGACCAACGGCCACCCACAACACAACCUACUCUACAGACUACCACCGGAAAUACGUAACGUGAUCUACAAGCUUGUGCUGGUCGACAAUCCUGGUCGAUCAACAUACGAAGGCGACAUAGUUCUAAGGUACGGCAGAUAUCGUGGAUCGCGUAUCUACAACGCCAACGGCAAACCGAUUUACAAGAAAGGCCCACGUCUUCGAUGGCGAGAGCCAGCUCUUCUCCAAGCUUCAAAGUGGAUCCGCAAGGAGCAAAAGCUGCUAUACUAUACCUCGCAUACGUUCGCCGUCAAGUACACCUCUCACGACAUCGGCCGCUCUGCCAGUGGCUCCGCUUCCUCAUCAGCGAUGUGGACGCCUUGA